CUCGACUUUUCAUCUCAAAGGGACUGUCGCUUGGACGAGAUUGAUGAACUGGUCGCACCAGAAACCGACCGACAAUGGCAUGCAGUGCGGCAAAGUGAGUUAGUUGGCUUGCCUGACCAAUUGUCGCGCCACUCCAAUUCAGGCUGUCUGGCUGGACUGUGGUCAUUUCUGCCGAGACGAACAGCUUCGAAGUGGGACAGCAGCAUUGACGAGAAGGUGCACCAAUUUGACUAUGCACGAUUGGCAAUAACAGCCUUUUCCCACAAUCCGUCUCAUCAGCGCCUCGACGGGACUCGGGCCCAGCUUGUGCUGGCGCAGCGCAUCGUCUCGCCACGAGCAUUGGCCAGAAGUGAAUGCCAACGAAGGCGACGUCUUGCCGGUUUUGCAUUUCUCUGCUGGGAUUGCUGA